AUGCUUACGAUAUGUAUCCUAGUUGUACUGCUUUUUCUCGUUAUAUUGUUACUGUUAUCAUUGCGAAACAAUAGGCCAUUGCCACUUCGACCUUCUUCAAAGGUGCUUCUCGUCAUUGCUCAUCCUGACGAUGAAACUAUGUUUUUUACCCCAGCUUUACGUUCGUUAUCUCUCGCCGGUCAUCGCAUUUUCAUCCUAUGUGUUUCAAAUGGCAACUUUGAAGGACUCGGUCGAAAAAGAACUUACGAACUUCGAGAUGCUGUACAACACCUUGGUGUAUCACCCUCUGACGUCACCGUACUCGAUUAUGACGUCUUUCAAGACGGAGGGCAAUGGGAUAAACAAGGCUUGGGCGAUGUAUUGUUAAGACAUAUGGAGGUGCUCUCUGUUGAUAUGGUGUUGUCUUUCGAUGGUGGCGGUGUGUCCAGUCACAAAAAUCAUGUAGCUUGUUUUGAUGCAUUGCAAGAAGUCUAUACUCGAGGCAUGAUACCAGAAGAUGUGCAGAUUUUUGUGCUCGAUUCCGUAUCGAUCUUUCGAAAGUAUGUAGGCAUUUAUGAUGCUCCACUGUCGAUAGCUCGUGCUCCUUUUCACUAUUUUGCGAGAGGCCGUGACGUAGCAGCUGCAUGGCGUGCUAUGUGCAGACAUCGCUCACAAUUUGUAUGGUUUCGAUUUCUAUAUAUGAUCUUCAGUAGGUGA